AUGACUACAUACUCUCCGCUACCUCGCGCCCAAACCCUGGCCUCCCUCCCCCCAGAAUAUCCCUCCAAUGCCCUCUCCCAAAUCACCACCUUCCUCUCCUCAACCUCCACACACCUGCGCCGCCUCGUCGUCCUCGACGAUGACCCAACAGGCACGCAAACCUGCCACGAUAUCUCCGUCCUAACAGUCUGGGACAUCCCAACUCUAACCGCCGAAUUUCGUACCAAUUCGCGCGGAUUUUUCAUCCUAACGAAUUCUCGCGCCCUCCCGCCCGCAGAAGCAGAGACCCUCAUUCGCGAAAUCUGCCAGAAUGUCCUCGCUGCCGCCCUGGACACCGGAUUAAGCAAGGAUAGUCUAGACGUCGUCCUCAGAGGCGAUAGCACGCUGCGCGGACACUUCCCGUUAGAAGUCGACGUCGCGUUGAACGUAUUCGACGCUGGCUCUGGGGCUGAUGCAGUUGCGCCAACAUGGGUUCUUGCGCCGUUCUUCUUUCAGGGUGGGCGGUACACAAUCGACGACGUGCACUAUGUCCUAGAAGGUGAGGAACUGGUUCCCGCGGGACAGACGCAGUUUGCGCGCGACGCGACGUUCGGGUAUAAGAGCUCCAGUCUGCGGGAUUAUGUGCUUGAAAAGGCACCCGGGCGGUUUACGCCGGAGCAGAUCCAUUCUGUGACAUUGGAAGAUGUUCGUGUUGGUGGGCCUGAGGGUGUAAGGGAUCGUCUACUGAGAUUCCCGGCUGGUGGUGUGGUGAUUGCCAAUGCGGCGGCCGAGUCGGAUAUGCAUGUUUUUGUUAUGGGGUUGUUGCUUGCCGAAGCCAAAGGCUCCCGCUAUAUCUACCGCACCGGCGCAGCAUUCGUCUCAACUCGUCUCGGAAUCCCGUACAAAGCGCCCAUUACAGCAACAGAGCUGCAACUGCCCAAUCCGCGCCAAACAGGUGGGCUUAUCCUGGCCGGGUCAUACGUGCCCAAGACAACGGCGCAGCUCAAGGUACUCACCGAGCGGCGCGGCGAUCUACUCUCCGUGAUUGAGAUGCGGGUUGAAGACCUCAUUGCCUCAAAGGACGGCGCGGCGGAGGUGGUCAAGAAUGUCAUCGCACAGACGGAGAGCAAUCUAAAAGCCGGUAAAGACACGCUUGUCAUGACGAGCCGGGGCCUUGUGACGGGUGACAACGAGCUCUCGUCGCUGAAGAUUGGGUCGAGGGUUGCGGAGGCGCUGGUGGCUGUUUUGGAGGGGAUUGAGGUACGGCCGCGGUUUGUUGUUGCUAAGGGUGGAAUCACGUCCUCCGACGCAGCUACUAAGGGUCUCCGAAUGAAGCGGGCUUUGAUUGUUGGACAGGCAGCAGCGGGCGUGCCGCUCUGGAGGUGCGAUGAGGGGACCUCCCGCCAUAGGGGUGUGCCGUUUGUGGUCUUUCCAGGGAAUGUUGGGGGUGAAUCUACGCUGUGUGAUUUGGUUGAGGCGUGGAGCUGA